AUGCUAGAAAUCACAGUUGUAAUUGUUGGCGGUGGUCCUUCUGGCCUAGCCAUCUCAGCUUUACUCACACAAAACUCAAUGUCUCAUAUUAUUCUUGAAAAAGAAGAUUGUAAUGCUUCUCUUUGUCGGAAAAAUGCUUAUGAUCGUUUAAACCUUCAUUUAGCUAGUGAACUUUGCUCCUUACCUCUCAUGCCUCAUCCAUCAUCAGGACCAACAUACCCAACCAAAGAUCAAUUCCUCUAA